GCCAAUUAACCACAUAAGCAAAGAGUAGUUCGAGACUAAUUACUACUGUUAUCAAAUAUGGCUGGGGAGGACGUGAAGCUGUAUGGAACUUGGAGGAGCCCGUAUAGUCGCAGGGUUGAAAUAGCUCUGAAACUCAAAGGUGUCCAACACAAGUACUAUGAAGAAGACCUGACCAAUAAGAGCCCUUCGCUCCUCAAGUACAACCCGGUUCACAAGAAGAUCCCUGUGCUUGUUCAUGGUGAGAAAGUAAUUUCAGAGUCCCAUGUCAUUCUCGAGUACAUCGACGAGACGUGGAAGGGCUAUGACAUACUGCCUAAAGAUCCUUGUGAAAAGGCCAAGGCACGCUUCUGGGCUAGGUUCAUCGAUGAAAAGUGUCUUCCUGCGCUAAAGAAAGCUCUCGCGAGUAUGGCUGAGGAGCGUGACAAUGCCGUGGAAGAAGCAUGUGAGCUUCUACAACUACUUGAAAAUGAGCUCAAGCAUAAGAAGUACUUUGGAGGAGAUUGUAUUGGACUGGUGGACAUUGUUGCCAACUUCAUAAGCCAUUGGCUUAAAGUUCUUCAAGAAGUUGUGGGAGUGGAGCUGUUAACCAUAAAGAAAUUUCCCAAGCUAUGCGAAUGGAGUGAGAACUUUGUCUGCCAUCAUGCUGUUAAGGAAUGUCUGCCUCCUAAAGACAAGCUUCUCACUUGGUUCCAUUCUCACUAUGGAAGCGGUACUACUUCUAAGUAAAUGGUUCAUAGAUGCCCCUCAUAAGCAUCUCAUGGAUCAUGAAGUAAUAUCAGAUCGAAUGAAUAUGGAUUGUAUAUAAAUAAAUUAAAGUCAAGGUUAUGCUUCUUUUAAUUAAGAAAAAAAAUAGGAUCACAUUGGAGGACAGCUCCAUAUGCAUUGGUAUUUUAAAAAUAAAAAUUAAACGUUUAUUGUGUUUAGUUUCCUUCAAAUUAUCUUUGUAUAGUUUCAGUACGAUGUCAAUUCAUUUGAUCGUUUAAUUGUCAUUAGAGAAUAAUAGCUUUCUAGCUAUAAUGAUGAUUAAAUUGUCAAAAGGGUUUUGAGUGAUUCUUUCACAGAGAUACUUGAUGAAGAGAACUUAAAUUUAAAUUUCUA